CCGAGGAAGCACCCACAGACAGUGACAGACCUCGGCGGCCAGAGGGAGGACACGCAACCUGUUGACGUGAAACAAGUGUGAGCUGGAGCUCAUGGCAGGACCCCAGCCCGUCUGCAUCUCCACAUCAUAAGCUAGGACACAGCAGAGGCUCAAUUUACCAUCUGCCCACUGGGGACCACUGGAGGCCUCACAGCUACUUAUUUCACAUUUUUUGUGUUAUUGCAACAGCAAACCCAACAGGAGUUCUUUGAACUCUUUGUCUUUCAUUCCUGGAAAUUGUACCUUGAAAAUUGACAAACUCCAGAGAAGAGGAAUAAAAAGCUCCAAGAGACAUUUUUUAAUAAAGAAAAGAUGGAGGACCACCUGUUGAAGAUCUCCAUGAUGUCGUCCUCUUCCCCCAGUGAGUCUUCUUUGAGCGGCGGGAUGGACGACAGCAGAGGAGCCAAGAGUCCAUCCCCAGGCAAAGCUCUGAGCCCGGCUCUGGUCUGCAAAGUGUGCGGAGACACCAGCAGCGGGAAACACUACGGCAUCUAUGCCUGCAACGGCUGCAGCGGCUUCUUCAAACGCAGCGUGAGGAGGAGGCUCAUUUACAGGUGCCAGGCCGGUACAGGCAUGUGUCCAGUGGACAAAGCUCAUCGCAACCAGUGCCAGGCGUGUCGGCUGAAGAAGUGCCUGCAGGCGGGCAUGAAUAAGGACGCAGUACAGAACGAGCGGCAGCCCCGCAGCACAGCUCAGGUCCGCCUGGACUCCAUCGACGUGGACCCUGAGAAGGAGCACCUGGCCACCACACGGGAGCCCGCCUCCUCUUCCUCCUCAUCUCACUCCUCCUCUUCCUCCUCCUCUGUCAUCACGUGGCCCCACAUUACCUCCUCCGUGUCCAUCAGCUCCUCCGUGGCCCCCCAGCGCUGCACCAGUCCCCAGAACAACCACCGCUUCAUGGCCAGCCUCAUGACGGCCGAGACCUGCGCCAAGCUGGAGCCCGAGGACGUUGAUGAGAAUAUUGACGUGACGAGCAACGAACCGGAGCGAGCGUCCUCGGAGUACCACAUGGCUCUGUACCCGUCCAGCUCCGAAAACGUGUACGAGACGUCGGCGAGGCUGCUCUUCAUGUCAGUGAAGUGGGCAAAGAACCUGCCGGUGUUUUCCAACCUGCCCUUCAGAGACCAGGUGAUCCUGCUGGAGGAGGCGUGGAGCGAGCUCUUCCUGCUCUGUGCCAUCCAGUGGUCUCUGCCUCUGGACAGCUGCCCGCUGCUCUCUCUGCCAGACCUCUGCCCCGGCAUACAGGGGAAGACCAGCUACACCGGCCUGGACCUGCGCGUCCUCCAGAAGGUCUUCAGCCGCUUCAAGGCCCUCGCCGUCGAUCCCACUGAGUUCGCCUGCCUCAAGGCCAUCGUACUCUUCAAGCCAGAGACCUGUGGUCUGAAAGAUCCAGAACAAGUGGAGAACCUGCAGGAUCAGUCUCAAGUGAUGCUGGGACAACACAUCCGCUCACACUACCCCAGUCAACCAGCCAGGUUUGGAAAGCUGCUUCUUCUUCUUCCCUCUCUGCGUUUUGUGAAUUCGGAGCGGAUAGAGCUGCUGUUCUUCCACAGGACCAUCGGAAACACACCCAUGGAGAAACUGUUGUGUGACAUGUUCAAAAACUGAAAACCAUUGCCCCCCCCCACCCGUUCAGUCAUCAAUAAUCUUCAUGUUUGGAGCGAUGAUAUUCAACAGAUAUUUGCUUUGUAUUCAUGUAUACAUAUCAGAGAAUCUGCGUGCUGUUAUUUUUUCAAAGGCCACUUUAUUAUUGUUUGUUGGUUCCGCGUCAGGUCAUCCUAAAAUCAAAUUCACUUCUUAUUAUCAUGCUUGCUGUCUAUUUGUAUCAUAUUAAGACUUUGAUUUGUGUCAGAAGAGACUCCUGAUCACAUUUCAUCAUCUAGUGUAUCAUUACUUUUGUCUUUUUUGUGACAUUUACAAUGCAGAUCUUUAUUGUUUGGUGAUAGAUGUCCGUCUAUAUCUAUGUAUAUCCCUGCUGUCAUUAAUGUAACUGUUCAUAUUCAUGUUUUCAUGCCUUGAUAAACUAAAAAACAAUGCUUAAAAAUG